AUGAGCCAACAACACGACCGCAAGAGAGUUGAUUCUCUGUCUUGCACUGGCUCUGAAGGCAGCCCCAAAACAAAAGGUCGAGGCGAACAUCUUAUUGCCAGCGGACGUCCUCACAGCACAGUGGGCAGUUCUUUCCUGAGUGGAGAUCAUGGCAUUUCGCCCGGGCUUGUUGCUACAGUCUCUAGCAAAGCGUGCCAGUUUGCCAUGACUUUCGAUGACAACGGAGACGACAAUACUAUUUACUACGGUCAAGACGGCUUGAUCCGCGGCAACAAGAUCGGUGAAACUCCUAUCCGACGGCAGCAAUCCACCAACAGAGGUGCCGAUUCCAAGAAGCGCCGCCGUGUUUCCUUCUCUGAAUUUGCUGGCUACGAAGCUACGAAGCCACGCCUGUGA